AUGACAACUUUUAUAGAGGAGAAAGAACUCCAGGAGAGACUGAGAGAAGCAGCUGCUUUGGGAGAUAUUGGGGAGGUCCAAAGACUGGUGGAAUUCGGAGUGAAUGUCAACUCUCAAAAUGAAAUCAACGGCUGGACUUGUUUGCACUGGGCAUGCAAACGGAACCAUGCUCAAGUGGUGUCUUAUCUGAUAGAGUCUGGUGCUGAUAAGGAGAUUCUCACAAGUAAAGGAGAAACGCCAGCCCAGUUAACCUCAAAGAAAGAGAUUAGGAAAACAUUGGGAGUGGAAGAGGAUGAACUUGCAGAUUUGAAGCAAGACUCAGACUUGCCAAUUGUCCCGAAUUAUUUGGCUAAUCCACCUUUCCCUUAUGUUUAUAACACAAUGAGUAACAGCAUUCCAGACCCUUCCACUGGCUCGCUGAAUGGAAGCUUCCCCAUAUCCUUAGAAUUGCAAGCUGUAGAUUAUCCCAUUUCAUUACCUCGAGUCAAAGCAUGCACUUCUGCAACAUCACAACAUGAAAAUGUUGCUUCUGCAGUGGCUGAUAAUGAAGAUAAGUCGACAUCACCUGGAGCCUGUACCAUGCCAGAAUGCCCAAAGCCUGUAGUCCAGAAUGGUCCCAUUCACCAGGCAUCUGUGCCUCAGAGCAGAAGUUUCCCUUCUCCAGCUGCAUCAAAACAGCCUGUGUCUCAGCAACAGAAUGGCUCAUGUCUGGGGCCUAUGCCAACAUUUCAGCCAUUUUUCUUCCCUGGAGCUUUCCCAUUUAAUAUGCAAGAACUGGUGCUUAAGGUGAGAAUUCAGAACCUUUCUCUUAGAGAGAAUGACUUCAUUGAAAUUGAACUGGACAGACAAGAACUAACCUAUAAGGAACUGCUCAGAGUGAGUUGCAGUGAACUGGGUGUUAAUCCAGAACAUGUAGAGAAGAUUAGAAAAUUACCAAAUACGGUAUUAAGAAAGGACAAAGAUGUUGCAAGACUUCAGGAUUUCCAAGAACUGGAGCUGGUUCUAAUAAUCAACGACAAUAACUUUCUGUUUAGAAAUGCUGCAUCUACAUUGACUGAAAGGCCUUGUUACAACAAGAAAGCAUCAAAACUGACUUAUUAA